GGUCCCGUGGUGAGCGCUGCAGAGCCGCGUAGUGUGUGUCAGGUUUCAUUCUGAGAGAGACUCAAGCGCGCAGCAGUCAGACAAACCCGUCAAAUGGCACGACUGAAGCACACGGACUCCCACUAGAGCCGGAGAUCACUCAACAGUCAUCUCCAUGCACUUGUAUGAGCAGCAUGCCUCUGUUGAGGUCGUUUUGAAGAUUGAUAUUUUCACGUGAAAAGCGGUUUAAUUGCCUGAAAGGAGAACUUUAAUCAGUUUAUUUGAGCACGACCCCCGUUCAGCGUGAUAAAGUGCCGGAUAAACAUCAAAUUGCCUACAUAAGUCUCACAGACAUGGAGGACAUGAAAUUGCGAGUAUCACCUCAUUCCAGUCGGGAGAGGACCUGCGUUCAGCAUCCUUGCCAAAAGCGCCUUUUGACGAACUGGAAGGACGUGUGUGCAAUCUGCGUGUGUUUGAUCUCGUUUGGAGUUUGUGUGUUGCUUUACCUGAGGACGUCAGAUCUGCAGUCCAGGGUGCUCAGUUUGGAAAAGGACAGAGAUCCUCGUAUCUCCAGUUGGAUCUCUCUGGAACAGGUGGAGCCCGUCCUGUGGAGUCGACUGGAUCAGAUAUUAGAGGAGAAAUUAGCAGCACGUCUACCGAAGAUCCGGGCGGCUCGGGAUGCUCCUCAUAACUGCAUCUGUCCACCAGGUCCUCCUGGUCCACCUGGACGAUCAGGCUUUCCGGGAGACAAAGGAUCAAUGGGCAUUCCUGGAAGAAUGGGCUUAAAGGGAAACCUGGGGGAGAAGGGAGCGCCAGGAGAGCCAGGUCUGUCUGUCAUUGGCCCACGAGGACCUCCUGGACAACCCGGUACUAGAGGAUUUCCAGGCUUUCCGGGCCCCAUCGGCUUGGACGGGAAACCUGGACAGAAUGGUCCAAAAGGUGAUAUGGGUCCUCGUGGUCCUAAAGGAGUACCAGGUGAACCUGGUCCAAAAGGAGAGAAGGGUGUAUGUGGUGACUACACUCACAGGAAACGCCGUAUUGUCAACGCCUGUGCUGGAGGACAGGCCACACAGGGCGAGCCCGGAGCGCAAGGACCACCGGGACCUCCUGGCCCCCCAGGGCCUCCAGGGAAUCCUGGCCUAACUGGUGCUAGUGGGCCCCCGGGUAAACCCGGAGAACCUGGAAAACCUGGAAAAGACCCAAGGAUGCUACCGGGGCUGAAGGGUGAACCCGGUGUACCUGGCCAAAAGGGUGGUCAUGGUGAAGCUGGUCCAAGUGGACCUGAAGGCCCCAAGGGAAUUAAAGGAGAUGAAGGAAUGAAGGGAGAGAAAGGCGAGCCUAGUGCUGCAGGAACUGGCAUUAAAGGAGAACCAGGUGCCCCAGGACAGCCAGGACAAGCUGGGCCCAAGGGUGAUCCUGGCCAGGAAGGCCCAUCUGGACCAAGGGGUCCACCAGGUCCAACUGGGGAGCCAGGAAAAACUUUAAUCAACAACAAUGAAAAUGAUAUUCGCAAUGUGCAUUUAAUGGGCCCUCCUGGUCUACCCGGACCUCCAGGGCUUCCUGGCACCCCCGGUUUGAAGGGAGAUGUAGGACUUCCAGGUCCUCCUGGUCUUGAUGGGGAAAAGGGUCCAAGAGGAAAGCCAGGAGAACAGGGACCCAUCGGCCCUCCUGGACCUGAGGGACCACAGGGAGAAGGAGGAGUCAUGGGCUUGUCUGGGGCAAAAGGACACAAGGGAGACAUGGGCCCCUCAGGAUCACCUGGUCAAAAAGGUGAACCUGGGGAGAAAGGGGAUAAAGCAGAGCUGGUCUAUGGGCCCGCUGGACCUCCAGGACCUGCAGGGCCAGUUGGGCCAAUGGGACCUCCAGGUUUGUCAGGACCAAAGGGAGAACCAGGAAUAGGCCUGAGAGGAGAGAAGGGAUCACCUGGACAGAAAGGAGAGAAAGGAGACAGGGGCCAUCUUGGACUCCCUGGUCUGAUAGGACCAGCUGGAGUGUCUGGGCCUGCAGGACCAAAAGGAGAAAUGGGGGAAAAGGGUGAUAUGGGAGUAGCUGGACCAAUUGGGCCUCAAGGCAUCCCUGGUUUAGUAGGACCACUGGGAUUAAAAGGAAACCGGGGGGAAAGGGGCAAGAAAGGCAACAGGGGGGCCAAAGGGGAUAAGGGAGACCAAGGAGCCCCGGGAUUAGAUGCCCCGUGUCCGUUGGGUGAUGAUGGUUUGCCAGUACCAGGGUGUUGGAAUAAAGGUCAGAAUCCGUUCCAGCUAGCCAAGAAGUAACCCUGUAGUGAAAUCCACAAGGUUCUGGUUCGAUUUUCUUCAUAAGCAACACAAAAACUUGAAGAGAUUUUGGGAGAUCUUUAAGUAUGGCCUGCUCUUUGGUGGCUGUUGGAAGGAUUUUGUUUCCUGUAUAAGCGUCCUAUAGUACUGAGAGACUCCAGAGGGCGGCAGAUGUGAGCAGACUGACACUGACUGGACUACAGAAAAGACGAUAAUGCAAAAGUAGCCUGUCGUUUUUAGACCUUUUUCUUUCUCUUCAAUAUUAUUCACUAUGUGAAAGAAACAUUUUAGCACAUUUCGUUCCUUGUUGAUGACGAUGUUAAAUAAUGUUUGUGAUCGGAGGAUCCAGCGCAGCUCGUUGAACAUGCAGAUGUGCUCUGAGUGUUCUUGUGUUUCCAGACAAAACCAAAGA